AUGGCCGUGGGAAAGCGCAAUGUGGAGAGGAUUUGCACACAGCUCAUCUGGAGCAUGGAGCUGCAGGUGAAGUAUAUGACGCUAGGGCGAUGGGCACAGGCAAAUAACUUGGGCCUCGGCGUCAAUAUUGAUGCCGGCACCACCACGGCCCAGGAUGUACUCAACCAACUCAUCCUGCCCUACGUGUGCCGCUGCGUGGACUGGCGCGGCGAAAUCAGUUUUCGUCCCGCCAACUGA